AUGGAGAAUCACUAUGGAGAACGAAUUCCCAUGCAAAGAUACUUCUCCGCGGUCCGUAACAUGGAACAAACGGUGAUGUUUCCCAGCCUUCUCCAGGGGGUCUUGUUGGAAGACCAGGAUGACCCAGCUGGAGUCAACGCUGCGAUGGAAAGGUCCUGCGACAGAGAUCUCUACCACUACUACACGCUUCUAAAAUCCGUCAAGUUAACGGUUGAGAGUGGUCUACCUCCUCUUAACGACAAGAGUCUCAGGUCCAAGGAAGAAGAAGAAGAAGAAGCAGCUAAGGAGAAGACAGACCUUGAAGGACUCGUUCGGUAUCACAUUUCUGGCUUAUAUCAUGUCCUCGCCCAACUGACCAGCCGAGCCAACACGGUGACUUCUAGGUACAAUGAAAUUCUGGGACAGAUCAAUCAGAAUGGAAUCGCUUUUCGUUGGUAG